AUGCUCGAUGGCUGGGAUAUCUUGAGGCUUCAGAUGGCGCGGUCGAACUUCUCGCCUGUCGGUCUAUCCGUACCCAGCGUGCCAGCCGUCGUCUGGGGUUGGAAAGCUGGGGGAGACUGGGGGACGCGAGACUGGGGGGGAGACGGUGACCCGAAGGAACGUGGCAUCACCUCCACACCCUCCCGGAGUCGAUACCAACAACCUCAACCCACGGCUCAGAAGACAGAAACCACGCCGUCCUACUCGGUUGUGCGGCGCACAUGGAGCCACCGUGCAUAUCGAGCUUGUCAUGGAACUAGUCCCAUCCCCCCUUUAUCCCCUUCCUCUCCCGCAGCAGACUUGUUUCUAGCCUCCAGUCCUGACACUUGCAAGAAGCGCAACACAGGCUGCUCUACGGUCACUAAUGCCCGCUUACACCCUUCGAUACACAUCAGAAGCAUGUUCAGAUCACAUUGCACAAGGCAGGUUGGCUAUUGCCCUACCCUCCGACCCUGCUCUCAUACAGAGGACGGAUGGAUAAGGGUUGUCGAAGUUUCAGAACAGACAGCGCCACCGAUGUCCGAAGAAGUGGUCGAGGUCCUUGAGAAGUGA